CUAACGAUUGUUAAAAAAGAAAGUUUGCACAUUUUGUUGAUUUCUUUCUGUUACUGAGGAAGGAAGUGAAUAAACAUGGAUUUAUGUGUUCAAUCAAGUGUAUCCACCGUAAAGAGUUCCGAUACAGAAGGAAUAUUGUUUAUUUGGCGCAUAAAAAAUAUUACUGCUAUCAAAUCACCGUGGUGGAAAAGUGGAUUCUCAUUCAAAUGGCCAUUAACACAUAGUAAAUGGAUUAUGAACAUAACUGUUAGUGACAUAACAAAGAAAACAUUCUAUAUUGCCAUUAGAAAACGUGAUAAUAAUUAUCCCACAGAACUAGGUGGAUUAGUUUCAAUUCUAACUUUAAAAAAUCCUCCAUACUCAGUUUCGAGCUUUGACAACUUUGAUUUUAAAGCUAAAGACUUGAAAGCAAUCGAAAUUAAAAGUCUUCAGUAUGUUCCUUAUAGUGGAGAUAUUUUACUUCCAGAUGACACUCUAACACUUCGAAUACAGCUGUUCAGUUGUUCCCCAUUGAACAGCAUUUCAGCUCAGUUCCUAGUUUCUUCAAAAUAUACAGAACAAGAGUGUUCAUUUGAAUGGAUUGUUCAUAGCCAUACUACCUCUGAUGGUUAUGAGUACUUUUCAAGCUACGUCACAGAACCACCAAGGUAUUUUACUAAUUUCCCAUGCAUGGAAUCUCUGGAUUUAAACAUUACAUUAUAUUUUGAAAAUGCUCUAUCACCAGACAGAAACAGUGCUGUUCUCAUUAAAUAUACAUCUUGGUACAAAUAUCCGUUUCAUGCCAAGUUUAAGUUGGCAAUUCAAGACUCAAAGGGAAAUUUCGAAACUUUUGCGAACAGUAACUUUCUUUAUUUUAGUGAUAAGACUCUAUCUCACUGUGUUCCGGUGCUUAUAAAUAUUGAUGAACUACAAAACAAGAAAAUGUUAUUUUAUCCAAAAGGAGCUUUAGUGCUUUAUUGUUAUGUUUCUGUUGUUACCUAUUCCCCUGCAAUGAUUGAAGAUGCAUUCGAAAGUUCGAACAAUAAAAACUUAAGUAAAUUUAUAGAAAGUAAUAAAUGAAACAAUUCAUGACAAAUAUUCAUUUACUUGCAAUAAAAUGUAAAGAAAUUUUUUGAAGAUGUUAAAAGUUGAAAUAUUUGUUCAACUGAAGUACGAAAUAGCAAAAUAUUCAUUGCUUCUUCGCGCAGUUCUUUGUCGUAUUUCAUCAAAUGUAAAAGUAACACGAAACGAAUAAAAAUUGCUUGACACUAUUGCAAA